UUUGUCAAUACUCACAUGUACAUUUGUGUACGAUAAUCUGCUGCUAAUCUUCGAGUGUUGAUUCCGAAUCCGAAUUAUAAUUAACUUGUUAUUUUGCUUGGAUAUUAAUUGAUUAGACAAUUAAAAAUGUAUUUGAGAUACUUUUUAAACGAGAAUGGAGACCGACAAUACACAUUAGCGACUAUUGAUCCUAGCGGAAAACCUACAUUGUCUGCACAUCCAGCUCGUUUCUCUCCUGAGGAUAAAUAUUCAAGACAAAGGAUCACUAUUAAAAAGAGAUUUGGUUUGUUGUUGACUCAACAACCAGAGCCUAUUCAUUAGGAUGCAACAAUCUAAAUACCUAUAAGUAUAUUAGUAUAAGUGACUAAAUGUAAAAUAAAUUUAUAACAACACAA